GUAACAAAUCUUCUAUAAUUAUUUGACUUGGAAAUGGUCUUCCUGCCUUACCAUGCCAUCAGUGACUAGUUGAGUAGCAUCUACUGCUUGUUGAUAAUUUCUCAGGGAACUGAAGAGCUAGAGAGCGUAUUGAACGUCGCUAAUGGCAAGGCCGCCACCAUUCAUGAGGCCAUGGAUGCCGCCGGACCAAGUGCAACACCACCACCAACAACAACAAGGUAUGCACCAUCCUCCUUUGCCACCACAUCAGCAACAGUUUCAACAUAGACGCUUUGCUCCUCCACCAAGUCGUCAUUUGGGGCCUAUGCCAGUGUCGGAUGGACAACAUAAUAUACAGCGUGGGCCACCCCCGAUGCCACCAGGUCAACAGCCCAUCCCUCCCCCAGGAUUAACUCUCCCGGGUCAACAACCCAUUCCUCCCCCAGGGUUAAGUCCCCCGGGUCGACAACCCAUUCCUCCUCCCGGGUUAACUCGCCCAUCCUUAUCACACCUAUCAACGAUGCCGCCACCAUUUCUACCUGCACGUCCACCUCAGCAGCAGCUUCAGCAUAGACUCCCCAUUCCACCGAAUCAUCAGUUCGGGUCUAUGCCAGCACCUGAUGGACAGCAGCUGCGGCAUGGAGCCCCUCCGAUGCCUCAACAAGGCCCUCCGCCCAGGUUGCCUCAACCUUCAUUAGAACAGCCAACGACCAUGGCACCAUCAUUUCUGCCAGUACGACCACCAAAUCAUCUUUCAACAACUGCCAGUAUGGCUCGUCACUUACCAGGCAUUCCUGCACUUACUGUACCCACUUCAGUACCACCAGCUGUACCGACACAAACAAAAGCGUUGCCAACUCGAGCCAAUGAUGAUCAAGAUUGGGUGAAACACUGGCAAGAUGCUCGGGGCCAGAAGCGGCUGUCGGAGAAAGGUAAGCAUGGCAGCAACCUUUCUCUAACAAGCCAGACACACCUUUUGGCCAACUUUCAGAAGAUAUCGGAUGAGACCCUGCAGGGACUUGCUGAUCUUCAGCGGAAGGUUACUUACGAGUCACCGGACGUUUGGGAUGCCCUGCUCGCUAAAGUGACUGAAGCCUGUCAUGGGCUCGCUUCUACCCUCGGUCAGUUCCCCGAUGCAGAUGUAUCUCGGCUGGCCACGACCAUCCGUCGGAGAAAGCUCAAGCGCCGUAAAGCGAAGCAGCGCCGUCGUCAGCACUGGGACCAGGAGUACGGACCUGGUUCGAUUGAGCGGCGCAAAGAGCUUCACCAGCGUAUCGACGAGUGGCAGGCUCGGCGGAUAGCCGCAGAUAUUUCCUAUCGACACGAAGCUUCACUUCGCAACCAAGCUGGCGGUGCUCUCGGGGAAGUUCGGAAGAAGCAACUUGAGGCCCAACAGUCACAGGACCUUCUGACUGUGCUGACAGAUCUGCACAAUGAACGUAAGGCCGUCUUGCAUCGUGAAGGUGUAGACAUAUCUGAGGAGGACGAAACCAAGUUCAAACUUGAGAUUGAGCGGCUAAGCCAACUUUGGUCGCGGCAAGCCAGUGCUUAUGACGAAGAGGAGCAGAUGCUCAAAGUCAUGCUUGAAGAGGAGAAAGAGGAGGAAGUGAACCGCCAGAUGGAAAAGGCGAAGCGUUCUGCCAAGCUCCGUGAUGAGGGAAAGGAUGGGCCCACUAACAACGAGGCAACUGUUGAGGAGAUAGAAGGCUUAGCAAUGUUUCGUUCGUUCUAUGAGCAAGCAUCAUGCAGCGUGGGACACUUCGUGCAAGUGCGUCACCAGUGGGACAUGUUUGCCUCUACAGAACCACAGUCCAGCACAUCAACAUUGCCAUGUGGCUGGCCGUCCCCUCCUCCCAGCCCCAGCGAGCAUUGGAAACAGUACCUGGGAUAGCACAUGACUUUCUCUUGUGUUGGAUUGAGUUUUAUUAUAAUUUUGUCUUACAGAAGAGGCUUUGAAUGGCUGGACCAUGCCUCGAACUUCACACUGUUUUUUGUAUAUGCAUACGGUCGUCGAAUGACUUAUAAGUUAUAAUCAUUGGCCUGUGUGUCAUGAGUGGUU